GCUGGUGCUGACGGCUCGGCCCUCGUUGUUCCACCUCGACAUCUUCCACCCCUUUCUCAUCGACCGGGAGAACAGCGUGGCUCAGUACAACAGCAGCACACAGCCAUGUCAGAUGUAGAAGAGGAAUACGAGGAGCAGGCAGAGGAGGUGGAGGUGGAGGAAGAGCCUGAACCUGAGCCUGAGCCCGAGGAGACCGAGCAGGCGGAGGAAGAUGGAGGAGAGCAGCAAGAAUACCAAGAUCAAGAUGCCCAGGAGGAAGAGGAGGAGCGGCCCAAGCCCAAGCCCAUGGUUCCCCAGCUUGCUCCUCCAAAGAUUCCUGAGGGAGAGAGGGUGGACUUUGAUGACAUCCACAGGAAGCGUAUGGAGAAGGACUUAACGGAGCUGCAUACUCUGAUUGACGUGCACUUCGAGCAGAGGAAGAGGGAUGAGGAAGAACUCAUUGGUCUCAAAGAACGAAUCGAGCGCCGUCGGUCAGAGAGAGCUGAGAUCCAGAGGGUUCGAGCAGAGAAGGAGAAGGACAGACAGAACAGGAUUGCGGAGGAGCGUCAUAGAAAAGAAGAGGAAGAAGCAAAGAGGAAGGCUGAUGAUGACGCCAAGAAGAAGAAAGUGCUGUCCGGCAUGGGAGCAAACUUUGGAGGCUUCCUGGCUAAGGCUGAGUCGAGGAAGGGCAAACGCCUGACAGGCAGAGAGAUCAAGAGAAAGACUCUGACUGACAGACGACAGCCACUAGGCAUCGACAAUAUGAGGGAGGAUGGACUCAAGCAACGGGCCCAGGAGAUGUGGAACUGGAUCUACCAACUGGAGUCUGAGAAGUUUGACUUCAUGGAGCACAUGAAGCACCAGAAAUACGAGAUCAUUGUGCUGCUGAACCGAAUCCAACAUGCUCAAAAAUUCAAAAAGGGCCAUGGCAAAGGGAAGGUGGGCGGUCGCUGGAAGUAAAGCAGGAAAACGUAAAACGAAGACAGCAUAGCAGACAACUGGAAAAAAACGGGAAGCAUUAGAGAAAUUAGAUAUUACCUGUCCGCGGUCCUCUAGUCAGGCCAUUUCAGUGUGUGAUAGAUAUUGUCCCUUGAUAUUAUAUAUUGAUAAUAAAACUACAUGCACAAGG